AUGCUGAAAAAAGUUCUAAAUCGCGCUUCAUCUUUGGUGAAAAAACGCAAUUCGGCGGAGAACAAAGAGGAGGUGGUGGAAGUCUCUCCAGACGGUUCCACUACAACCAUAACCACAAUGCAAAAUGGCAAACCCGUUAAAAUCGUUACACAGAAGAAAAUCGUCCAAAAGAAGCCAGAAGAUAAACCGUCGUCCGAUCAUGUCGUGAAAUCGGAAGGACAGCGUGAACCGGUAGAGAAUCGACCUCCGGAAUCUCAUGCUCAGUCGGCUCCCAAAUCUCCUCUCGUUGCUCAUAAGGCUCGCGAUCCCGACGAACCUGACUUCGACAAAGUGAACAUCAAGCGCGAUAAACAGAUAGACCCCGCCUCUAAAUGCGCGGCAAUUGUGAUUGCCAACGAAUUCCAAGGCCAUCUCGAUCUUACAGGCAAAGACUUUUCAAAAGUCGACGAAUAUGCACGCGCCACUCCCAAUUCCAAAACGAACAGUGUAAAGCAUUUGGCGGAAUACCUGAUUGCACCUUGGAAUAACGAAUUGGACAAAUUGCGCUGCAUCUUCACUUGGAUCACCGAAAAUAUCUCCUACGAUACCGGUGCUUACUUCUCUGGCGACCUUUACUUUAACGGAGCGGAGGACACGUUACGGACCCGCAAGGGUGUUUGCGAGGGAUAUGCGGGAUUGUUUGAUGCGCUUGCAAGUGUAGCCGGCCUUAAACAUAUCGAUAAUAUCAUACAUAUAGGUGUAGGAUAUGUUCCCGGUAACUCGAUCGACAGCUCACAGUACGCUCACGCCUGGAAUGGGACCGUCUACAAGGGCGAAUUCCUAUUGAUUGAUAGUACCUGGGGAUCCGGUUUUCUGAAUGGUCGACAUUUCGAAAAACGAUUUGAACCAUUUUACUUCCUAUGCAAACCCACCGACUUUAUCUACAGUCACCUACCAGACGAUCCGAAGCAACAAUACGUCUCACCUCCACUCACCGAAGAAGAAUUUCUUAGUUUGACCCAUGUCAAACCAACAUUUUUCGCCUCGGGAUUACAAUUCCGUAAAUAUUAUGGGAACGUGAUUGUAACCGAUAAUGAUCAGUUGGAGAUUGAGAUUGCGAGAUUCACCCCGGAUAAAGGUAAACCCCUGCACGCUGUCCUCGAAUGGAAGGGGCAAUCGAUACCAGUGAUGAUUCAAAGACUUGUGGGAUACGGAGAUGAAAGUGGUGGCAGAACAAAAUUUGAAUUCAGCAUUUUCGAUUUACCCGAAGACGAGCAUCCUGUUCUCUCAUUGCUCACACCCACGAAACAGGUCAGGCAGUUGGAGAAGGUCUCUAGGUGUGAUGAUGGUAGUGUCACAUAUGCUCUGGAAACCUGCGUGGAUCAGAAGGGAGAAUGGAAUCUCGUACAUUCCGAGAAGAGUUCGCAUAGUUUCAACUUCGUUGCUCAAUAUGUUGCAGAGUAG